UUGUUAAAAGUUACGAGGGAGAGAAAAUAAUAAUAGCCUUGUGGCUCCCUGGGACAAGUCGGACUUCUGUAGCCAUGUCUUGGUCAUGACUUGCUUCUUCAUGUACACUCAACAGGAAUAAGAGACUAUAAUAUAUACACGCAUAUACAGUAGACAACCAAACAUCAUCAACAUCAGCAACACCACCACCACCAACAACAACAACAAUAACAACAGCAACCAAUGUUCGCACCACGGGUCAACAACAAGCUCUGCUCGCCCAAACAAGCCACCCAGCUCAGCAGGGCCGUGGCUCCCCUCCUCUCGACCUCGAGCUGCUCCUCAUCCCUCUCUUCUUCUUCUUCUUCCUCCCGCCGGUCCUUCUCCACAACACCUGCCAACCGCCUCCGUGACUUCUUCCCGGCCAAGGAGACCACCCGGAUCCGUACCACCCCGCCCGCCUGGCCUCACCAUGGCUAUACCGAGGCCGAGAUGCUGGCUGUCGUCCCGGGCCACCGCAAGCCCGUGACCUGGGGCGACAAGCUGGCCUGGGCUCUGAUCAGGACGUCGAGGUGGUGCAUGGACAAGGCCACGGGCAUGUCCAAGGACCAAAAGACGGAUAAGAAGCGGCCGACGACGGCGGUGGUGGCUGACAGGGCUUUGACGGAGCAGCAAUGGCUCGUCCGAUUCAUUUUUCUCGAGUCCAUCGCGGGCGUGCCGGGCAUGGUGGCCGGCAUGCUCAGGCACCUGCGGUCUCUGCGGGCCCUGAAGCGGGACAAUGGCUGGAUCGAGACCCUGCUCGAGGAGUCCUACAAUGAGCGCAUGCACCUGCUCACCUUUAUGAAGAUGUGUGAACCGGGCUGGUUCAUGAAGUUUCUCAUCCUGGGCGCACAGGGUGUGUACUUUAACGCCAUGUUCCUCUCCUACCUCAUCAGCCCCAAGAUCUGCCACCGCUUUGUGGGCUACCUCGAGGAAGAAGCCGUCCACACGUACACGCGCGCCAUCCACGAGCUGGACGGCGGCCACCUCCCCAAGUGGACCGACCCCAAGUUUGAGGUGCCCGACAUUGCCGUCUCGUACUGGAAGAUGCCCGAGGGCCACCGCACCAUGAAGGAUCUGAUCCUGUACAUUCGCGCCGACGAGGCUGGCCACCGUGGCGUGAACCACACGCUCGGCAACCUCGACCAGAAGGAGGACCCAAAUCCUUUUGUCAGCCAGUACAGGGACGGGCAGAAGCUAUCGCCCAUGACCAACCCUAAAGGUUGGGAGAGGGAGGAGGUGUUGUGA